AAAUUUCAGGCGCAAUAUGGGAACUAGGGACGGGAUCCACUUCAAACCUGUCCCAUGAGCAUCCCUAGUGGGAACACAUGACACUCCCCUCCAUUUCAUAAUUCAUACUCAUCAAAUUCCGUAGUUCAUUCAUACUACUCCCAAUACUAAUAAGUAAUAACCAAACUCAUUUCUGGAUGAAUUCAAAUCACAAUUUCAACCACAUUAACUCAACUGUAAUUCCAAAAUUUAUCAUUCUUAAACCUUUCAAUUAAGUAACUCUCUCUCUAAUUCAAUCUUUCACACAGAUCAUGGCUUCCCUACUACAAAUUCUUCUUCUUUUUGCUUGUAUUAACAUUUUCUCGAGUUCUUCGGCUGAAAUAAGUCGAAAGGAAUUAAGAAGUAAAGAAACAAAACAAUCAAAUUUUAUACUAUAUGGCUCAGGCAAUCUAACUCCAUCAGCCAGGAUAGAUCCUUCAAAGGUUGUCCAGCUGUCUUGGCAACCAAGGGUCUUUGUUUACAAGGAUUUUCUCUCCGGAGAGGAGUGUGAUUAUCUAAUCGCUCUGGCACAUGGGCAGGUAGAAGAUUCUAACUCCGUGGUUAAUAACACCCAAGGACUGAGUGCACGAUCAUUAGCUUCUCUGGAUGUGAAAGAUGAAAUAGUUGCACAAAUAGAGGAAAAGAUUUCAGCAUGGACUCUUCUUCCUUUAGAAAAUAGCAGGUCAUUGCAUGUUCAGCGUUAUGAGAACGAAGAGGCCAAACAGAAAUAUGAUUAUUUUGGGAAUAGAUCGGCCUGGCAAGUUAGUGAACCGUUGAUGGCAACUGUUAUAUUGUAUCUUUCGGAUGUCCCUCGAGGUGGUGAGCUCUCUUUCCCAGAGUCACCGGUAAGUUCUAGACUGGAGACCAAAGUGUGGUCUUUCUCUACUAACUAUAAUAGUCUGCUUCGACCUAUCAAAGGUAAUGCUGUUCUGUUCUUCAAUGUCCACCCCAAUGCAUCUCCCGACAAGGAAAGCCGCCAUGAGAGAGAUCCCGUUUUUGAGGGUGAAUUAUGGUGUGCCACUAAAUUUUUCCACAUCCGAGCUAUAAAUACGAGACAUGUGCCAGCUGAAUCAGCGGAGAGCGAUUGUAGCGAUGAAGAUGAGAAUUGCCCACAAUGGGCUGCUCUCGGGGAAUGUGAAAAGAAUUCAGUAUUCAUGGUUGGUUCUCCUGAUUAUUAUGGAACCUGUAGGAAGAGUUGUAAUGUUUGCUGAUGAAUAGAAUCAUUGUGAUGAUGAUAGAAUUGUUCAUUUUAUACAAGGCUGAGCCCUGAGUGCAAAAUUUAAUGUCGAUCUAUUUCCCGUAUCAAAUGUUGAAAGUUUCGUUGACCUUUUGUGCUUUAUGAAAGAGAUCUAUAGCUGUACCAAUGUUCGUACGAGGUUAAAAAAAACUUGUAAUCAAGUUCACUUAAAUUUUAUGAUUUUAUUCUCUAUUGCCAA